AUGUCUACGCCCUCGACCGCCACGGCCACGCUCCCGCCCCAUCACCAGUUCUACUCGCACCACCAGACAUACCAGCCAAACAUCGCCAAUGCCCCGAUUGCCAACGGCUCUGCUCGGAUAGGCAAUUCGCUCUACAACGGCUACGCUAGCGCCUCGUCGUCGUCCACCAACAACGCUGACCUGCGCCGGACCGCAACUGCCCACACCAGACAGCCUCCCCAGCUGCCGCCCAUCUCGCACUCGCCUGCGAUCGACAUGAGCGCGACCGACUCGGGCUCGGCCCACCGCCGGCGGAAUCCUGACUGGGCCGACUUCUACAAGAACGGCAUCCCGAGGGAGGUGAUUGUUAUUGACGACGACGACGACGACGACGAUGACACCCACGACACCCACCAGGGCCCGCACCCGCCCCCGUCGCGCACCCACGAUGCUGCACGCACCGCGACAAAUGCAGCCGCGCGCCACGCUGACAAGAAGCGCAAAACGGCCGCGUCGACGGCCUACGACCCUGUUUACAACCAGCACACGUCCUACUCGACCACGCAGACGCCCUACUACGACUCGCCCAACCACUCGCUGUCCACCGACAGGACCACAUCGGCUCUUACCACGACGGCGCCCACGUCGUUGGGCUCCCAGGCCAGCAACGGCCACAACAUCUCGCCCCACGACGGCAGCGCUGCGGGCCAGAAGCGGAAGCGCACACGCGCCGUGGUGCAGGACGAAGCAAAGCAGGCCAAGCGGCGAGAGCUGGACCAAAACGACGACCCUUUUAGCCUCUACCAGCCGCCCCCCAACCCGCCCAUCAAGGCCAAGGACGUCUACGUGCAGGUCAUCCAAGAUGUAAGACACACGCUUGCCUCUCUGCUACUACUACUACUACUACUACUACUACUACGACGACGACGACGAGCAACCUCUGGUACUGACAAAUCUUACAGCAAGGACCAAAAGGUCGAUGACGAAGACGGCCAUUACAUUGUCGUGCCCGAUGCCGAUCUCACUGAGCGAUAUCAAAUUACCAAGCUGCUCGGCCAGGGCACCUUUGGCAAAGUCGUGCAGGCCUACGACAGACGGAAAGGCACCAACUGCGCCAUCAAGGUGAUUCGAUCGGUGCCCAAAUACAGAGAUGCCAGCCGCAUUGAACUGAGAGUGCUGUCGACACUGGCGUCCAACGACAAGCACAACAUCAACCGAUGCAUACACCUGCGAGACUGCUUCGACUACCGGAACCACAUCUGCAUCGUUACUGAUCUCUACGGCCAGAGUGUGUUUGACUUUCUCAAGUCCAACGGCUUUGUGCCUUUUCCCAGCUCCCACAUCCAAAAGUUUGCCAAGCAGUUGUUCACCAGUGUUGCCUUUCUGCACGACCUCAACCUCAUUCAUACCGAUUUGAAGCCGGAAAACAUUCUGCUUGUUAACAACAACUAUCAGACUUUUACGUACAAUAGAACUGUGCCGUCGUCGUCGACUACUGUAAACCGGACAGCACGCCAUCGCAAGGUCCUUCUCGACCCUGAAAUCCGACUCAUCGACUUUGGAUCGGCUACGUUCAACGAUGAGUACCACUCUUCGGUGGUGUCCACGCGUCACUACCGUGCGCCUGAGAUUAUCCUCAACCUGGGCUGGAGCUUCCCUUGCGACAUCUGGAGCAUCGGCUGCAUUCUGGUUGAGUUUUUUACGGGCGACGCCUUGUUCCAGACGCACGAUAAUCUCGAGCAUCUGGCCAUGAUGGAGGCUGUGUGCAGCGGCAAGAUUGACCGGGACAUUGUUCGAGCCGUGUACAAGCAAGAUCGAGGAUCGUCGCGCAACUCAGCAAGCUCUGCUGCGAGAUAUUUCAAAAACUACAAGCUCGACUAUCCCAACGCCGAAACCAACAAGGCGUCUAAGAAAUAUGUAAAGGCGAUGAAGAAGCUUCCUGAAACCAUUCCUGCUCACACGGACUUCAACCGGCAAUUCCUCGACCUGCUACGACGCAUCUUUGUGUACGACCCCAAGAAACGCAUCACGGCCAAGGAAGCGCUGCAGCAUCCUUGGUUCAAGGAGUCGCUCAUGGACGAUGGAACCGAGGCCCACAAGAUCCGGUUGGAGCGGGAAAAGAAGGCCCGUCGGGUGGAAGAAGAGCGCCGAUUCCGUGAACAGCAGCGACCGUACUGA